AUGUGUGCCAAGUUUGGUCCGGAUCGGUUGAAGAAAGGAAUUUUCAAUUCGGAACAUACGGCAGAGCCGGAUCAGUUUGUCAACUUCGAAGGUCACGAACGCAAGAUCUCUGGUAAAAAUGCGACUGCAUCAUGUUUUUGUUCAUUCCCAGACGAUCAUGAAGGGAUUGACGAUCGUUACCUUCCAAUAUGUAUGGAUUGUGCGCAUCUGGAAAAGCUUAUGUCAAAUCUGCCUUUAAUAUUUGCUGUGCGGUCUUAUAUAAUGAAUCACAGGUCGCCGGGACAGCACUGUUGGUUUUAUUAG